CUGCAAUACUCUCCCGUAUAUUAUUAGGAUAUGGACGUCCCAAUUGCGGCAAAUGUGCUUGGUACCAUAGGCGCCGUUUGCUGGUCUGUCCAGUUAAUGCCCCAAAUUAUCAUGAAUUAUCAACGACAUGACACCGAGGGUUUACAACCUUCGAUGAUGCUCCUGUGGGCUGCUGCCGGUGUCCCUCUUGGAGUGUAUAAUAUCGUAGAAGAACAGAAUAUAGCACUCAGAAUCCAGCCCCAGAUACUAUCCUUUCUGAGUCUUGUCACUUGGGCGCAGUGUUUUUAUUAUGGGCGGAAACGCUCAAUUAUUGCAUGCAUCGCGGCAGUCGUCCCACUACUUGGAAUUCUGGGUGGGAUCGAAACGGCAUUGAUAUUCGCAUUAUGGACCGCCAAAUACCGUGGUCUUGAAUGGCCGCUUAUCCUAAUGGCUGUUCUCAGCGCGUGUUUACUUGCCGCGGGUGUGCUAAGGCAUUACUAUGAUAUCUACGUUCAUCGAACCGUUCGCGGGAUCAGCUUUAUAUUCGUUGGGAUUGAUGCAGCUGGAGACUUGUUCUCCCUGGUCUCUGUUUUGUUCGGACGAAGCAUCGACGUAUUAGGGAUGGUCAUAUACGGGACCGAACUUGUACUCUGGAUAGGCGUAUUCAUUUGCGGGGCGAUUUUCAAUCUUGCGCCUUGGAUAAGGGAACGUUCAAAAAAGCGGGAUCAGGACAGAGAGGACAGAGAGCAGGAACAGGAUGUGGCACUUCACCAGAUGCCGUCCUCGAGUUCGGUGUUCCGGACUGCAUCCGGGUCGGAUGUGGUGAUGAGGAGAGCGCCUCACCAUCGAUCCUGAAACUAAAUAUUCGUUGACUUUGUUUUUCUAUAGCAAUAUGAAGAGAACUCAAAGAUAAUCAACAUGGUUUCUUGUCCAUCCGGGCUCGACUUUCGAGAUUUGAUUUGUCUUCUCAUCACUUUAUCACAACAGUACUCAGGGAGAGCAAUUGAGGGAUGAAAGGAGAAGAAAUGAUAACGAGAAGAGGAAGAUGGAUGGGAUUAGACCGUAUUUUCCAGAGCGGUUGUGCAAGUGAUGCAAG